AUGUUGUUGCUUCUUGCUACGGUUUUUGCCAUGGGCCUUGGCAGAAGCCUUGAUUACCACGACCUUCAACUGGUGCCUGACAAUAUGUCUCAGCUUGUGUUUACCAGCACCAAUUACGGUGAAGUGGACUUUGACUGCGAUGGAGCCCCUUCGGUGACGUCUGCGGCACAGUGCUUCGGACCACCUUGGGGAAAUUGUCCAAAGGGAACUAGAUGCUUCAUGAAAGACAGUGCCACCACAGGGGAGAUUUAUGCCGCAUGCUGCUGCAAUAUGACAACAACUCCUGUUCUCAUGGUCGAGCAACAGCAUUGGUCGUGCUUUGCAAAGUCCGUGAAACCGCCUGGGCAGCAAUUGGCGCCAUUCUGUCAAAUCAAGUGCUGUGAGAGGCCUUUCACUGCCCGCGCCUGCUACGGUGGGCCACCCAUUUGUUGCAACCCCGAGGAGGUCUGCGGAAUUACGCUCGAGAGCCAGCCUUGCUGUGCGGCAUAUCAUAAAGAGGUUGGGGCCAAUUGUUGCAGAGAGCAGGGCAGCACUUGCUGGGACAGCCCCACGCCAUGGCUAGUGGUUCCGUUUCUCAAGGGAAAGCCCUGCUGCGUGGAGGAUCGACCAGAGGUGCUUUGCGUCUCAGAGCAGAGUUGCAACGCAGAGUUGCAACCAGGGCUUUGGCACGGCACUGGGCGGGUGCAUCGCUCUAGUCCUGCUUGCUGCUGCACUGCAAACUUCGUUCUACUUGAACAUUAG